AGAAAAGUUAUUACUUGCCGAACUAACCAACGGAACGCACAUGUUCGUGCCGAAUAAACUUUGUAUUUUAAAUUAAAAUUUGAGUUUUGUUGUCAAUUUUAAAGCAAGUAAAGCGGAGUUUGGCCAAGAAAUCAUGAUUCGGCGCCAAGCACGCGAAAGAAGGGAAUAUAUUUAUCGUAAAUCGAUUGAAGAAAAGCAAAGAUCUAUCCAAGAAAGGAAAAGGAAACUAAAAAAUGCUCUUGACGAAAACAAGAGCAUCCCGACUGAGUUGCGAAAAGAUGCGCUCGACCUCCAGACGAACCUCGAAUACGAUGACGAGGGGGGAGAUGGGGUGAAAUCUUCCAUAGAUGAUGAGUAUAAGUGGGUGGGGGUUGAAGAUCCCAAGAUUAUGGUGACGACAUCAAGGGACCCAAGCUCCAAGCUCAAACAAUUCGCUAAGGAAGUGAAAUUAAUCUUCCCGAACUCUCAACGUCUCAAUCGUGGCAAUCAUGAAAUGAAAGCAUUAGUUGCUGCUUGUCGCGCUAAUGAUGUCACAGACUUUAUUAUUCUGCAUGAACAUAGAGGAAACCCAGAUGGCUUAAUAAUAUCUCAUCUACCGUAUGGGCCAACCGCGUACUUCAAUAUAUCAGGCUGUGUGAUGAGACACGACAUACCAGAUGUUGGGACAAUGUCCGAGGUUUACCCGCAUCUUAUUUUCCACAACUUUAAAUCAAAACUUGGAGAGAGGGUGAAAACGAUCCUCCAAGCAUUAUUCCCUGUUCCCAAGGACGAAUCAAAACGAACGAUAUCUUUUAUAAACGAAGACGAUUUUAUUUCAUUCCGACAUCAUAAUUAUUCCAAACCUGAUCAUAAAAAUAUUGAAUUGAAAGAAAUUGGACCCAGGUUUCAACUCAGAUUGUAUGAGAUAAAACUUGGUACGAUUGAUGAAGAGGCCUCUGCUGACACCGAGUGGAGACUUCAUUCAUUCAUGAACACUGCCAAGAAACGACGUCAUUUAUAGAAAUAACAUUAACAUUACAUCAGGGCCACAGAAACACCGGAAUAGCCCCAACUGCGCCAUUGUGGGUCCGAAAGGGUGAAUUUCGACCUUUACUAUGGCUUGCAUUGUUACAAUGGAUGCAAUAUUCGUUUGCAAUUCUCGUGUCAUACGUCAUCGUUACGUCACAUCGGUAAUGACGUCAUUGUAUGGCAUGAUGGUCAUAGCGCGCCAAAAUUAAACUUACGCGUGGUAAGA